AUAUUCUAUUAUUGUAAAUUCAGGGGAGCAAAACGAGGAUACAAGAAACAUUGUGGUCAUUUCUUUCAAUUGCAGAAAACCAAAUAACAAUUGACAGAAAAUCUGGAGGCAAUAUCAAUUACAGUAUAAAAAAUUAGGACGAGCUAAUCUAAAAAGCCUCUUUACGCGGCCGCCGGAACUUGGUUGCCCUUUCGGAAUCGGAGAAGACACCGUCGCUGCCUUUCAUCCGUUUCUACCAUCAGUAAGCUUCCAAUUCCCUUAUUUUCUCGAAUAUAAGUUUUGUUUCCAUUAGACUCGGUGUAUUGGUCUUGUUUGGGUGAAUUUAGGGUUAGGGUUUUAUCUUUAGAGGAGAAUUGGGGAUUUAUAUGGCUGCUGGAAGACAUGGUGGAUAUAGAGACGACGAAUUUAGGGGCCAGGGUUUGGAAUUUGAGGUUUCAAGGAGGGAAGUUGGUUACUCAAAGAGAAAUUAUGAUGGAUUUCGUAACGGCGAUAGCGGGGUUAGGUUAAGACGAAUGAAUUUAGACGAAAGAGAUAUGAUGAGUAAUUCAGGUAGAAGUGACCGUGAGCCCGGGGAAUUAUCAUCGUCCAGUGAGAGUGUUUCUGAUGAUCAGGUCAGCAAUUCGGACAAUGGAGACCAGUUACCUGUACAGAGCAAAAUAAGAAAAUUUUCACCCGUUAUUUGGGAUAAUAAAGAUGCUAAGAAAGUGAAUAGAAUGUCAAAUAUUAGUACAAUUUCACUGGCAGCUGCUAAGGUGCAGAACUAUUCUACGACUCAUAAUAAUACAGAGCAGUCCCAGCUUAGGGUGAAGGCUAUACCUGUUUCCAACGAAGCUGCUUCUGAAUUUCCUGACCACAUAUCUUUGACGCCUCCUGUUGAGGUGCGAUCGAGCAAUGAACAAGAAGCUAAAAUACUUGAACAUGAUGAAUAUGUGCAUAUAAGAGCGUCUCGAUGGGUGACUGAUGUUGAUGAUUUCCCAGUUGACGACAAUAAAAUUCCUCGAUUAAAGAGUAGGAAACUAGGGUCAUGGUCGACUGAAACAGGUGGGCGUAGGAAAUCACUGACCCCUGAACUUGGGAACCCCAAGAGAAAUAGGGCGCGGUCCUCAGAAUCUGACAAUCAUAUUAGGUCUUCUAGUAGAGAUAGUUACCAGGAAAAUAAUUUAGACAAGAAUAACUCCAUGGAUGUGGAUAAGGACCGUAAUUAUGAUGAUAAUAGUGUUAGCCAAUCAGAUACGGAAUACGAACACGGGCAUGAUUCUUGUGGUGUACUAGAAGCUCCUCAAAGGAGCAUAAACAUGCUUCAGGGGUGUAGAAGCGUGGAUGAAUACGAGAGGCUCAACAAGAUAGAUGAAGGUACAUAUGGAGUUGUUUACAGAGCUAGAGAUAAGAAGACAGGAGAAAUUGUUGCUCUAAAGAAGGUUAAAAUGGAAAAGGAACGAGAAGGGUUUCCUUUGACAUCUCUAAGGGAGAUAAACAUUCUCCUCUCUUUCCACCAUCCCGCAAUUGUAGAUGUUAAAGAAGUAGUUGUAGGGCACAAACUUGACAACAUUUUCAUGGUGAUGGAAUACAUGGAGCAUGACCUGAAGGCGUUAAUGGAGACAAUGAAACAACGAUUUACCCAAAGUGAAGUCAAAUGCCUUAUGCUUCAGCUUUUGGAGGGUGUCAAGUAUCUUCAUGAUAACUGGGUGCUUCACCGAGAUCUGAAGACUUCCAAUUUACUUUUAAAUAACCAAGGCGAGUUGAAGAUUUGUGACUUUGGAUUGGCUCGUCAAUAUGGGAGCCCCCUGAAAACGUAUACUCAAUUGGUGGUUACUUUGUGGUACAGGGCACCUGAACUUCUUUUGGGAGCGAAACAAUAUUCCACUGCGAUUGACAUGUGGUCAUUGGGUUGUAUCAUGGCUGAAUUGCUGAGGAAAGAACCGCUUUUCAAUGGGAAAUCAGAAGUUGAUCAACUUAACAAGAUUUUCAGAAUCCUUGGCACCCCAAAUGAGACGAUAUGGCCAGGAUUUUCCAAACUCCCUGGGGUGAAAGUCAACUUUGUAAAGCAUAAGUAUAACUUGUUAAGAAAGGAAUUUCCGGCCACAUCCUUCAUGGAACCUGGACUAUCUGAUGCUGGUUUUGACCUGUUGAACAAGCUACUCACUUAUGAUCCGGAUCAGAGGAUAACUGCUGAAGCUGCGUUGAACCAUGAGUGGUUUCGUGAAGUUCCUCUUCCCAAGUCCAAAGAAUUCAUGCCUACCUUCCCUGCACAGCACGCGCAAGACAGGCGUACACGAAGAGUAGUGAAGAGUCCAGAUCCUCUAGAGGAGCAGCGAAGAAAGGAAUUGCAGCAGGGGGAGUUAGGGACUGGUGGCUUGUUUUGCUAAGAUAAGUGAAUAGCAUGCAGUAACUGUUGGUGUUUUGUCUAAUACUCAGGGUCGAUGUGGUUGAGGUUAGAGAGCCAUGCGUUGAAAUGAAGAUGCAAAGCUUGUUUUGACGAUCACUUGUGUUGUUCUUUUAGCAGGGAACUUUUGACAGUAGAUUGCGGAAAAAAUGCUUUGACUAUUGUACAUGUCUCAGAUUUUGUUGCAGGUUGAGUAUCACUGGGCGCUGGAACCUAAUCAUGUAACUGCUUGCAUGGCUGGGUGGCGUAGUCAGUUUAUCUAUUAAGGAACUGUUUCCAAGGAAACUCGUGUAUGUAACAUAUUUCGAUUAAACAAUUCUCGCAAUUGAUUUGGAUACCUGAGUAUUUUGGAUUAUAUCGUAUAUUUAGCUACAUAUGUUUUGAUCUUUAUAUUCUGUUUGCAAGAGACGGCGGUGUAAAGAAGAAGGGCACUACAUAGCUUUUUCAUUGACGAAGAAUUUCACAGAAAAGUAUUGCACAUUUAAAGGUAACUAUUAGAUCCGGAUAUCCUUAAUAUAAAACAGAAAAACAAAAAUUGGAUCUGAACACAUGGAUAGUGAUAGAAGAUGUCAUAUAUGAUCACUUAUUUCUUGGCCCUUCAGUGAUGUUUCCUUCUCAUGCGUUCUUUUGGUUCUUUUUACUUGCAUUCUUUGGUGAAGUUGCACAACCACUGUCUGCAACGAAUCCGAUACGAUGUAUUUGCAAAAAUUGUCUUUUGAGAUGCCAUGUACCCUUAGCAUCUCAGACGACAUAAUAGUGGCAGAAUGGGUAGACAUGAGAAGUCAAAAUUCUGUGUGGGUUUUGAUAAAUGUCACUGUGGAAUGUGAUGAAAUCGUGGUGAAGUUUCUUAAAAUUAAAAGAUAUUGAUGUUGGUGACUUGUGAUGCUUAAGUAGCCAAAUCUGAUGGUGAUUUUGUGGUGUAGAGAAGCUUCUGUUGCAAUGAUUUCCUUCUUGUAGGGACUGCUACUGUUAUCGCUAUUUUUCUACACCAGAUCGUGAGAAUGUAAAUGGCGAUAAAGAAAAUACUAUUAGUAGCUGUUACCCUACACUAUUUAGGGUGAUUAGUCAUCCAUUAACUCGUUCCUGGAUCCCUUUUGUGCUUUCAGUUCGCGAUUUUUCUUGAGCUUUGUUUUCUAUGUAGUGCCCUUUAAAGUAUGGCGGCCGUCCGUCUUGGCUGGUUGCCUGAUAACCAAUUUAGUUAUCUUCUUUUUCUUGUUUCUCUUUUAUUUUGAAUGGUGUCUACAAGAUUACCAAUUUACAGUAAAAUUAAAAAUGGAAAUGUCAGUGCAGUGCCAAGGCAAGCAGGUUGAGGGAGCUUAGCUACGACCUGGCAUAUGUAAAACUUCAAAUUUAUUUUCCGUUCAGGUUCUUAUUUUAUCUGCAAGUCCAGUAAAGGUACUUUACUUCCCUCAAGUAAGAUCGUAUAAUGCAUGUUUUGAUCUCUUUAGCAUCCUCUAGGAGGUGUUCUGUUGUGUAUAAGAUAGAAUUUUGUGCAGGCAGACUGGUUAAUUUGUGGAUAUUUUUUCUUAUUGGAUUGUAUCAGUGAAUACAAA